AGAAACAAAAGACAGAAACAGACUUGUAGACGCUCUCAAAUAGUUUGAAUAAAUUGUCAAGUUGGUUCAUAAGUCAGACAUUAAUUUGAAGUCUUUUGGUGGGGUAAACUUGAGCUCACUCUCUCUUUAUCUCUAUCAUCGAUCACAACUGCAUAUAUAGGAUAAGAGGAGGAUACAAACAAUACAUUGAUGGAGCAAAAGGCAAUUCCAGAAGUGAUGCUAAACUCUGGCCACACAAUGCCUAUGUUUGCCUUUGGAACUACAGCACUGCUUCUCCCACCAAAUGAUGAACUCAUUCCAAUCAUCAUUGAUGCCAUCCAAGCUGGCUACCGCCAUUUUGACACUGCAGCUAUGUAUGGUUCUGAGGAAGCCCUUGGCCUAGCUAUAGUACAAGCACAAAACCAAGGUCUUAUCAAGAACCGUGGCGAUAUUUUCAUCACCACUAAGCUUUGGUGUACUGAUGCACAUCCUGACCUUGUCCUUCCUGCACUCAAAAACUCACUGCAGAGGUUGGGACUUGAAUAUGUGGAUCUUUACCUAAUCCACUUUCCUGUGAGAUUGAGACCAAAUGAAGGGAUUUUCCCCAAAGGAGAAGGUGUGCUUCCUUUUGACAUGAAAGGGACCUGGGAAGCCAUGGAAGAGUGCUCUAAAUUAGGCUUAACCAAGUCUAUUGGUGUCAGCAAUUUCGGAGCAAAAAAGCUUUCUGAGCUUCUACAAAAUGCUACUAUUCCACCAGCUGUUAAUCAGGUUGAAAUGAAUGUAGCAUGGCAGCAAGGAAAUCUGAGAAAAUUUUGCCAAAACAAAGGGAUUCACAUGAGUGCAUGGUCUCCUUUGGGAGCUAAUGGUGCUAUAUGGGGUAGUCUUGCCGUAAUGGAAAGUCCAAUCCUAAAGGACAUUGCAAUCACACCAGGCAAGAGUGUGCCACAGAUUGCAUUGAGAUGGGUGUUAGAGCAAGGUGUUACUCCAGUGGUGAAGAGCUUCAACAAGAUAAGAAUGAGAGAAAAUCUUCACAUAUUUAAUUGGGAGCUUAGUGCGGAUGAUUUGGCGAAGAUUAAGCAAAUUCCACAACGUCGAGCUGGCUUAGUAAGAGAAUUUGUAUCUGAAAAUGGACCUUACAAAACCUUGGAAGAUCUUUGGGAUGGCGAGCUUUGAUUUCCAACUACAUUUUGUCUAAAUUUCAAGUACUCUGAAUUUGAUUGAAAUAACAUUAGUAUUGUGUUGUGUUACCACUUAAUUUGAUCACUAUUUUUAUAAAUGGAAGAUUUUUUUUCACUAA